GAUUAUUAUUAUUGGUGACAUUAACCAGAAGCUUUAGUCACAGGAUCAUUAAAGAUUUAUAAACAAGUUAAAUUAAUUUACUUUACAUAGGUUAAUUGUCUUGGAGCUGCCGCUAGUUUGACCAAUCAGAAUAAUGGAUCACGAUGAGGAUAACAGUGAUAGAGAUUGCGGUCUUGUUGAAUCUGAUGAAGAAACUCGAAUGGCUGAAAAGGAAUUGGCUGAGGAUGCACAAUGGAAAAUAUUCCAGAAAAACACUUUCACGCGUUGGGCUAAUGAGCAUCUGAAAAAAACUGAUCUUCUUAUUGAAGAUUUAGAGACUGAUUUGAGUGACGGUCUUCGUCUAGUUGCUCUUGUCGAAGUCUUAUCAGGACAUAAGUUUCGGCACAUUAACAAAAGACCAACGUUCAGAACUCAAAAGCUCGAAAAUGUAACUACUGUUUUAAGAUAUCUGGAAGAAACUGAAGGCUUGCGCCUCAUCAGUAUAGACAGCAGCCAUAUUGUUGAUUGCAACUUAAAGCUCAUACUUGGUUUAAUCUGGACCCUUAUUUUACAUUACUCUAUAUCUGUACCUCUAAUAGCAGAUGAAGAAAACGUUCUCCAAGAUGAUAGAAACCAAACUCAAGGUCCUAAACAGCGUUUGCUCAGUUGGGUCAAACAGAAAUUGCCAGUAAUCCCAAUUCGAAAUUUCACCACAGAUUGGAAUGAUGGUAUAGCUAUUGGAGCUCUCGUUGAUGCUUGUGCUCCUGGACUUUGUCCGGAUUGGCCUCACUGGGAUCAGCAAAAUCCUUUGCGUAAUGCCACGGAAGCUAUGACAGCUGCAGAUGACUGGUUAUCUAUCCCCCAGUUAAUUCGACCAGAAGAAAUGAUUGAUCCUAAUGUUGAUGAAAAGUCGAUGAUGACUUAUAUUAGCCAGUUUCCCAAUGCUUGUUUAAAAGAGGGUGCACCACUGCGAGCUAAACUGAAUCCUUCGAAAGUACGCGCAUAUGGUCCAGGCUUGGAAUCAAAUGAAAAUAGAAUUGGUACACCGGCUAAAUUCUAUGUAGAAACAGCUCAUGCUGGCAGAGGUCAGUUGGAAAUACUUGUAAUCAAUUGCAGAGGUGUCAGAGAAACGUGUGAAGUGAUUUUCGACAAUGAAACAAAUCAAACUUACUCUUGUGUGUAUGAACCACGUUUAGAAGGUGAAUAUCGUAUAGUUAUAAAGUAUGGUGGACAUGAGAUACCUAAUUCACCUUUUCGUGUUAAUGUCAAGGGAAUAUUUUUAGACCCAAGUAAAGUAACUGUAAGCGGUCCAGGAUUACAAAAUUCAGAACUCAAUUGUGUUGGUCGUCGUACUCAUUUUAAUGUACAUACUCAGAAUGCUGGAAAUGGAAUAGUAGACUGUUACAUUGUUGAUCCACACGGCAGAACUGAUACUGUCAAACCACGUAUUACUUGCCCAGGUGGUGAUGGGUGUUUUAUUGUUGAAUAUACACCAAAAGAAGUUGGUGUCCAUCAAGUAUUUAUACAGUUUGCGGAGAAACAGAUACCUAAUUCACCAUUUCAAGUUGAAAUAGCACCUAAAGUUCAUCCUGAGUUAGCUUAUGCUACUGGAAGAGGUAUACAAGCUCGUGGUAUACGUGUACAAGAUCGAGUGAAAUUUUCUGUUCAUACUGAACGAGCUGGUGAUCAAGCUCCACUUGCAGUUACAAUGACUCGUGCAGACGGUCAAAGUGAACCCGUGGAAAUUCAUCAGAUUGAUAAGUUUUUAUGGGAUUGCUUCUACAGUCCACAGCGACCCGGGAAGUACACACUUAAUGUACGAUAUGGCAAUGGACAUAUCCAACAUAGUCCUUAUACUAUUGUUGUAGGUCCACAUAAGAAAUCUGCUAUUCGCGCUUUUGGACCAGGCUUAGAAGGCGGUGUUGUCAACCAUCCCAAUUUAUUUACAAUUGUGUGCAAUGGAGAUGGUUCUGGAUUAGGUUUUUUGAUCGAGGGGCCUAGUGAGGCUAAAGUACUGUGUCAAGACAAUGGAGAUGAUUCUGCUCAAGUAACCUAUACGGUUUCACAACCUGGUGAAUAUGCAGUUCAUGUUACAUGUUUCGAUGAAGAUAUCCCUGGAUCACCAUAUAUGCCUAUAAUAACUCCUUGUCUUGAAGAUAUUCAUCCUAAUAAGUUGCGUGUUUACGGUCCUGGUGUUGAGAAAAUGGAUCUUAGUAUCGGUCAUUCUACGGAAUUUUAUAUUGAUGGUUUACAGGAUGCUGUUCCUCCUCAACUUUCACGUUCCCUGAAGGAUUCUCUGUUGCAUGUGGAUUGCCAUGAUACUACAGGUAAUCCAGUGCCUGUCCAAUCGAGUAUACGCUCUGAUGGCACUGUAGUUUGUACAUACAAACCUAUGUCUCCUGGGAUUCAUACCGUAUAUGCUUCAAUAGCCGGUAUAUCUCUCAAAGGCUCACCAUUCAGGGUAACUGUUGCUCCAGAAAUUCAACCAGAUAAAAUGAAAUUAUGGGGUCCAGGUUUACAAAGUGCUACCAGAAAAAAACCAGCUCAUUUUUUCAUUGAUCCUCAAGAAGUGUUUUCUGGUGAAAAUGAAAUUGAACUAAUGGCCAAUAAUCCAGUUUCUGUUAAUAUUGUAAAUGAUCAAGGUCAUACAAUUCCAACACGUUUAAGUAAACAAUCCGACAAUACUGUUCGUAUUGAAUAUACACCAACUUCAUUAUGUACAAAUGUGCAUAUAACACCUUUAAUAGGUGGUACACCAGCAAAAUCCUCUAUACAUGUACCCGUUGCAUGCGGCUUUGAUAUUUCAAAAAUUAAAGUUCAAAAUUUAGAUACAAAAGUUCAUAAAGCUUCCUACGUCAAGUUCACUGUGGAUGCAUCGGCUAUUGAUGCACACUCUGAAGGAACUGUCACAGCUGUUCUUACUGGUCCAGAUAAUGGAAAAUCAGCUUGUCAAGUGUUAAGCAAUAAAGAUGGAACAUAUGUUUGUAAUUAUACUCCUUUGGAAGAAGGUCAACAUAAAAUACAUGUAAAUUAUGAAGGUUUACCAGUACCAGGAAGUCCCUUUCAUAUUAAUGUUGUUCCUGGCUGUGACCCGAGUCGUGUAAAAGCCUAUGGACCUGGUUUAGAAAAUGGACCCCAUUUAAAACCUGGCGUGCAGACAAGUUUCACAGUAGACUUAACCGGAGCUGGACAAGGUGGUUUAGGUUUAGCUGUUGAAGGUCCAAGUGAAGCACCUAUCGACUGUCAAGAUAAUCGUAAUGGUACAUGUACUGUUUACUAUACCCCAUCUGUUUAUGGCUCUUAUGCUGUAUAUGUAAGAUUCAAUGAUGUAAAUGUUCCAGGAAGUCCAUUUAAUGUAAAUGUUAAUCCGAAAGUUGAUCCUAACCAAGUUAGAUGCUAUGGUUCCGGUUUAGAAUCUGGUUUAUUACGUGCUGGAUGGCCAGCCUACUUUACUGUGGAUACAAAAAAUGCUGGUGAUGCACGCCUAAAGGUUAUGUAUACUCCUAAAUCUGGUGGGGAAUUAUAUCCUGCAAUUGUCCAACCUUUUGGUGGAGGAUCAGAAAAAGACCCAACACAACAACAUUAUUAUAAGGUUACAUAUACUCCUGAAACAGAUGGUCCUUGUCGAAUUGAAGUCACAUAUGAUGAUGUUCAUGUUCCGGGCUCACCAUAUGUUGUAAAAAUAAGAAAAGCAUCUGAACCGAACCUUGUUCGUGUUCUAGGUGCAGGUAUUAAAGGUCCCGUUCUUGCUAGUCUACCAGCAACUUUUACAGUUGAUGCUCGUGAAGCUGGUAUGGGAGAUUUAACUUUAGGAAUUACUGAUCCUAAAGGACAAUCUGUUCCAGUCCGAGUUGUAUCAGUGCCUGUAGAUAGUGAAUCUGUCGCUACUAAUGGAGUAGUCCCAUCUGUCACAAGUUUAGCCUCUGGUGAUGUUAGUGAUACGGGAUUAUUAUCUUGUACUUAUGAACCAUAUUUAAUUGGACCCCAUAAUAUUCACGUUAUGUUUGCUGAUUCUGAAGUGGUUGAUAGUCCAUUCACUGUUCACAGUGUAGCUACCGGUCGAGCUGAUUUAUGUGAAAUUAAAAGUGGUAUAAAGAAAGUUAUACCAGUUGGUAAAGAAAAUGUCAUUAAAGUGGAUACUUCAUUGGGUGGUAAAGGUCGUUUAACUUGUCAAGUUAUUCAGCAUCCAAUUAAACAAUCUUCAUCUGCUGCUACUCUUCUCCCGGUUGAAACAGAACAUAAUGGUGACGGUACUACAUGUGUGUAUUAUACACCAACACAAUUAAGUGAAUUAAAUGUGGAAUUGCGUUAUGGUGGUCAACUGAUUCCUAAUGGUGAAUUUGUUCAGAAAGUAGUCUCCCCUGAAGAUAUUAUAGAUGAAAAUUCUCAUUCGAAUAUGUACCGACCUGUUGUAUUUCGUCUACCAGCUCCUCGAAAUAAAGCAAAAAUUGAAGCCAUUGUAUUACGUCCAUCAGGUUUGCAACAACAAGUUCCAGUUAAAAUUAAUGAUGAUGAAACAAUUACUAUAACAUAUGAUCCUGUUGAACAUGGAAUGCAUGAAUUACGUAUAAAUGUUCAUUCACCUGUAAAAUCUGGUUCACCAGACAGUACAAUCUCUAUGCCAUUACAAGGUAGUCCAUAUAAAUUUUAUGUGGAUAUUACUGGUACUGGUCGAAUUACUGCAUAUGGUCCUGGUCUUAGUCAUGGUAUAACUUCUCAAUUAGCUGAGUUUACUAUUGUUACUAAAGAAGCUGGUGUUGGUGGUUUGUCGGUGUCUGUAGAAGGUCCUUCCAAAGCGGAAAUACAAUGUGUGGAGAAUGCUGAUGGUACUUGUAGUGUCAGCUAUUUGCCACUUGCACCUGGUCAGUAUACAAUAACAAUUAAAUUUGCAGAUGAGCAUAUACCUGGAUCGCCAUUUAUCGCUAAAAUCACAGGUGAUUUAUUGAAACGUUCUCAAGUAAGCAUGGGUGCGCCAAGUGAUAUUGCUUUGGAAGCUGUUGAUGAAGAUAUUGCCACUUUAACAGCUAGUGUUCACAGUGCAUCUGGUCGAGAAGAGCCAUGUGUAUUGAAAAGUUUGCCUAAUAAUCGUUUAGGUAUUUCAUUCACUCCUAAGGAAGUUGGUGAACAUCUGGUUAGUGUAUUUCAAGCAGGAAAGCAUAUAGCCAAUAGUCCUUUUCGAAUUCGUGUUUCUGAUAAAGAAAUCGGUGAUCCACGACGUGUACGUGUUAGUGGACCAGGUUUAAUAUCUGGUUUAUCCAAUAAACCUAAUCAAUUCACAGUGGAUACACGUGAUGCCGGUUAUGCUGGUUUAAGUCUCUCUAUCGAAGGUCCAAGUAAUGCGGAUAUAGAAUGUCACGAUAAUAAUGAUGGUACAUGUACUGUUAUCUACACUCCAACGGAACCUGGUCAAUAUGCUAUCAAUGUAAAGUAUGCUAAUGUUCACGUCCCAAAUAGCCCAUUCUGUGUUGAUAUCGGUGGAGAACCUUCAAUGAAAAUGAUGGAACGAAUUACUAGACGACGUGAAGCAUCAAAAGUUACAUGUGUUGGCAGUCGAUGUGAAUUAAGUCUACGGCUUACAGACACAAAUCCAAAUGAUUUAUCUGCUACAAUCACUUCACCUUCUGGUCAUACUACUCGUUGUGAAAUUGUUCCCAUUGAUAAUGAACAUUAUAACAUCAAGUUUAUACCACAAGAAAUGGGUGAACAUUUAGUAACUGUUAAACACAAAGGAAUUCAAAUAUCAGGGAGUCCAUUCCACUUUACCGUUGGUCCAAUCACUGAUGGUGUAGCUAACAAAGUUAGAGCAAUGGGUUCUGGUCUUCAAGAAGGCUGGACACAUAUUACUAAUGAAUUUUCAAUAUAUACACGCGAAGCAGGUGCUGGAACAUUGUCAAUAGCAAUGGAAGGUCCUAGUAAAGCAGAAAUUGAUUGCGAUGAAAGACGCGAUGGUUCUUCAGCUGUACUGUAUCGUGUUACAGCACCAGGCACAUACGUCUGCUCACUUAAGUUCAAUGAUGAACACAUUCCUUGUUCUCCAUUCCGUAUACAUGUUUCUGACUCCACACAAACUAGACGUAUAGCAUCUUAUAUCCUACCCUCUCGUACCACUGAUGUUCACUCUGCUCGCAGUACAUCCAGUAAAGAAGAAACACUUCGAAUUGGACGUCCAAUAGCCUUCACUGUACAUCAUGUUGAAACCCCUGGAUAUAUUUUAAAAGCAAAAGUAUCAACUCCUUCAGGUACUCAUGAAGAUGCUAUUGUUCAACCUAUUGAUCCAGAUCAAUUUGUAAUCCGUUUCGUUCCACGUGAAGGUGGUCCACAUUUAGUUCAUGUACAUUCUGUGCCUAUAAAGGAUUCAAAUAAAGCUGAUUGGAGUUUUGGUCCAAAUUCAUUGUAUAAAUCAAUUCAAGGUUCGCCUUUUCGUCUUGUAGUUAGUCAGCAUGCUGCUGAUCCAGGUAUGGUAUGUGCUUCUGGAGAAGGAUUACGUAAAGGAAAAGUUGAUGUGAAGAAUUCCUUUUUCGUUAAUACUACUAAUGCUGGUUGUGGUGUACUAAAUGUCACAGUCGAUGGACCAAGUAAAGCAACUGUUACUAGUCAAGAACAUGAUGAAGGUUAUGCAUUUUUCUAUACACCAACUGUUCCAGGUAUUUAUGAAAUAACUAUUAAAUAUGGUGGUAAUUUUCAUAUAAGUGGUUCACCAUUUCGAGUUGAAGUUACAGGAACGCCUAGAUCAGAAGUUACUGAUUCUCGUUCGGAAGAUCGUCAAUCAAAUGUUACUUUAGAAACUGUUGGUAAAACAAUGACAGGAGUGUCAGCUUCAGCUGAACUAGAAAAUCACUGCUCAGGAUCUCAUCCUGAAUUAGUCACAUGUCAAGGACUUGGUUUAAAAUAUGCAGAACGUGAUCGUCUGAAUUGUUUCAAUGUUGAUGCAAGCCAAGCAGGUAAUGAUGUUCUACUUAUUGGUAUUUGUGGUCCGAAACAAGCAUCUGAAGAAGUGGUCGUCAAACAUUUAUCCAAUAAUCAAUACACUGUAUCAUAUCGUGUAUUUCAAAGUGGUAAACACUUUUUAGUAAUUAAAUGGGGUGAUCAAGAUAUACCAGGUAGCCCAUUCGUGAUUGAUAUCCCUUAGGAACACAAUUGCAAACUGUUUAUAACAAUAAUACUUAAAUCAGCGUAAAUAAAAUAAUUAAUUAAUUUAAUUAACGGAAUCAUUUCACAUAGAUAAACAUGUUUGUCUAUGCGUGUGUGUGUGUAUGUGCUAUUUUCGUGUAUCUUCUUAAAUUGUCAAUUUCUUGAUGCCUCUCAUAAACUUGUUUCUUGAUUAAAUUUCCUCACUUACGAAAAUAAAACUGCACAAAUUUUGCUUGCCAUCAUUAAGCCAUAUUAGUCAGUUACAUAUACACUCGAAAACGCAGAAUAUUCAUUAAUAUUGUAUCGUUUCUUUUUUUCGUUUUAAAAAAUAUCAAACAACUGUCAAGUGCCUUUCUGCAUAGAAAUGUUACCUGCUUUCUUCACUGUCUGCCUUAUUAUGAUUAUUAUUGUCACUAUCGUUACCAUUAUUAAGGUUUGUACAAACCAAAUGCCUACCAUUCAAAUAUUAUUCCUUUUUUUUAUUUUUCGUAUACACUUCAUAAAUCUUCUUUAUGUUACCAUGCACACACGCACAUACACACUUUAUACGUAUUAAAUUCAAUCGUUUUUCUGUUUAAUCAUUCAACAUAUACAACAUGAGAUCAGUUCAGUUCUUCUAUUUGUUUCUGAUUUUGACGAAAAAGUCGAAUGAUUUAUAUGUGUAAUUCUCAAUUUUAAAAUAAAUUGGUACUAUUCAUAUUUUGUCUUACCUUAUAUGAAAUGUAUAUUGGGGUGGGUUGAGGGGAAUUUAUGCGAUAUUGUAGAUUGAAUGGGAAAAUUCCGUUUUGUUUCAACCCUAAAUUUAAC